GAGUGAUCCACACACAGUCCGCCAUGUCUAUCUUCACACUACACCAUUUAAAAACAGCAUUCAAGUGUGUCAUCAGCCUCCAGCGGCCGACGGGAGGAUGGUGGGACGUUAUUGACGGGCUGAACCUAUGGCAGAGCAGCAGCGAGACUCAGGUCCCUUAGAGUGAAUCUACCAUGGACCCCGUGCUCUGUCAGAUGCUGGUCAUGGGAAUGGCUGUAAUGAUGGCCCGUGCGUGCCCCAAGUACUGUGUGUGCCAGAACCUCUCAGAGUCACUGGGGACCCUGUGCCCGGCCAAAGGUCUGCUCUUCGUGCCACCUGACAUAGAUCGCAGCACUGUGGAGCUCCGGUUGGGCGGAAACUAUAUCCUUCGAAUCACACAACAGGACUUUGCCAACAUGACAGACUUGGUGGACCUUACGCUCUCCCGCAACACAAUAAGCUACAUCCAGCCCUUUUCCUUCGGGGACCUGGAGACCCUCCGUUCUCUUCAUAUGGAUAACAACCGUUUGGUGGAGUUGGGCCCCGAUGACCUGCGAGGGCUGGUCAGCCUGCAGCAUCUCAUCCUCAAUAACAACCAGCUGGGUCGAAUCUCUGAGAAGGCGUUUGAAGACCUGGCGGCAUCGCUCGAGGAUCUGGACUUGUCCUACAACAACCUUCAGGCUCUGCCCUGGCAUUCAGUCCGGCAGAUGAUCAACCUGCACCAACUGAGUCUGGACCACAAUUUGUUGGACUACAUCCCUGAGGGGACCUUUGUGGAUCUUGAGAGGCUGGCCCGCCUAGACCUGACCUCUAAUCGGCUCCAGAAGCUUCCGCCGGAUCCUAUCUUUGCCAGGGCGCAGGAUUCUGAGGUGAUGACCACAUCAUUUGCGCCUCAACUCUCACUCGGCAUAGGAGGAAACCCGCUUCACUGCAACUGUGAGUUGCUUUGGUUCCGGCGUCUGGAGCGAGACGAUGACCUGGAGACUUGUGCCUCACCUCCCGGCCUGAAGGGCCACUACUUCUGGAACAUUCGGGAGGACGAGUUUUUGUGUGAGCAGCCUCUGAUUACUCAGCACACCCACCGCAAGCUGGUUCUGGAGGGGCAGACUGCCAAUCUACGGUGCGAAGCCAUCGGAGAUCCCACCCCAACCAUACACUGGGUGACCCCUGACGAUCGACUGCUCGGGAACUCCUCUCGCACUGUGGUGUACCGCAACGGGACCCUGGAGAUCCUGAUCACUACUUCCAAGGACUAUGGGACCUUCACUUGCAUUGCAGCCAACCUGGCAGGUGAAUCAACUGCUUCAGUGGAGCUGUCAAUUAUCCAGCUACCCCACAUAAGCAACGGCACAGGCCAGGCGUCGCAACCCAAGUCCCGCCUUUCAGACAUUACCGGCAGCUCCAGGACCGGUAAAGGUGCUCCCAAAGGCCAGCCAGAGAAAGCAGUGUCUGUGUCUGAGGUGACCGCCGUGUCUGCCUUGGUCAGUUGGUCCGUCAGCAAGACCGCUCCCAAAGUGAAAAUGUACCAACUACAGUACAACUGCUCAGAUGAUGAAGUGCUCAUCUACAGGAUGGUUCCUCCCUCCAGUAAGGCCUUCCACAUCACCAACCUGAUAUCGAUGACUCUCUAUGACCUGUGUGUGCUGGCCGCCUGGGACGACUCGGCCACCACACUCACUGCCACUAACGUGGUGGGCUGCGUGCAGUUCUACACCCGGGACGAGUACCCACAGUGCCAGUCUCUGCACUGGCAGCUGUUGGGUGGCACCAUGAUCCUGGUGGUGGGCGGCGUGAUUGUGGCCACGCUGCUGGUGUUUAUCGUCAUCCUGAUGGUGCGCUACAAGACAGGGGAUGGCGAAACCCCCACCAACAAGCUGAGCAACGUCAGUGAGACGUACUCUCAGACAAACGGAGGAAGGCUGGGGCAGAAUGGACUGCCUCUGCUGGCGCCCAAGCCCAAAGUCAGCAUGCAGGACGAAGUGGUUGAAUUCAAGUGCGGUUCGCUCCAGAGCAGCAUGUCCUCUUCCUCCUCUUCUUCCUCCUCGGGUUCAGCAGAUCCCACGCCCUACAGCCCCAACAGUACCCUCGCCAGCAUCUGGAGGUCCGCGCCUCCCAAGCCCCGCACCAACUUAGACCAGCUUCUAGGGGCCUUCACAUCGCUGGAGCUUCGGGGCCAGGCCAAGGAGCCACGACCGUCCGGGAGCACGGCUGCUGCUUCGGCCCCAGCGGGCCCGACUGACAAGGAGCCUCUGUUGGGCCGGACGCUGGACUCGCGGCUUAGCAAGCUGCUCAUGCUGCCUCUGGACUCCAAACCCAAGAGGAGCCACUCGUUCGACAUGGGCGACUUUACUGUGUCCACGGCGCAGCAGCUGUGCUCGUACCCACACCGGAUCAGCAGCAUCUGGACCAAACGCAGCCUGUCGGUGAACUGCAUGCUGCUGCAGUGCGACGAGGAUGGGGACAGCUGCGGGAGCAAAGGCACCAUCGAGAGCUCUGAGUGGGUUAUGGAGAGUACUGUUUAGGGGCCGGGACGUACGGGAAGAAAUACGAUAUAAACCCCAUCAUUCAUGACUCUGAAUAUGUUUUUUAUUAUUGCUAUUCACCUUGCCAUAUCCAGAACAGACGCAGCAUUCAGGGGGUGAAUUCAUGAAAUGGUUGCACCACUUCUAAACCUGUCAAAUCUUUCUAUUGACCCUCGGUUUUUAGCACAAACAUGCCUAAUUUCUAAGUAAAGUAGGCUCAUUGUAGCUUGUGCCUUAAGCCCACAAUAUACUACGGUUUUUAUGCAUAUGUGAGGGUCAGCUUAGAGUGCGGUAUGCAAAUUUCGUUACGUGCACUGCACAUGCACAAUCCGAUUUUUGUAACUGCUUGCUUUGUAUGCACAGGUCGCACAUUCAAUUUGCUUUGCAGUAAUCAGUUGUUCCACAAGGUGGCAACACUGUCCCAGGCCAUUGUUUCACAGUAGAAAAUGAAACUAAAGAGACAGAACAAAAAGUCUGCAGCAACAAGAGAUGCUCACAUUGACAAGCACUUGUGAGCGAGCAGGUAUGAGAUAUCACAGAUUUGGUCUAAAAGAGUUCAAAAGAUAUUUGUUAUCAGCCAUAACUUACGGGGAAAAUCGAGCAGACACUGGACAUGGAUGAAGCUUUGUAGAGCGCAUGUAUUGACCGCCCACGUUCGCGUACAACAUCAAAUAGAGUAUACUUUGAAAGGCUAUGCAUUCGACUGUACACAUACACUAGCGUACGCAUACAAAAAAGAAGCAUACUUGGGGCUUUAAGGUCCUGACACACCAACAUUGGACCGUUGUUAAGUGUCAGUCAGCUUAGUUUUUGUAGUGUGGUGUCCGUCCGCAUUGGUGCCGUCAGUGAGAGACAGAGCUCUGAUUGGCUGUUCAGCUUGGUGAAAAAGACAAAAACCUGAAAGUGAUCAGAGCGAGCAAAGAAGUCAAGACUAAAUUCAUCUCAUCUUAUCUGUGCAUUUCAAAAUCAUAAGCAAGCACAGCUUUGUAUGUGGCUUGUAUAUAGGCAGUCCUAGUUUUGGUUUCCCUUUUUGAAUGACGAAUAUAUUCCAUUGAUUCCUGUUGGUACAGACAGUUAUUUCCUCUCACGCAGACACAGACUGUACCUGCUAGUUGGCCAUUGGCUGAAGUCUUUGCAGUGUGUUCAAGCCUGAUAUUUUAGCCCAGACAAACACGACAGUCAGCUUUAGUCGCUGCUAGUUCUUUGACAUCAGUUUGGUGUGUCACGGCCUUUACAUGAUCUGCACAAAUCCUAAACCUGCACAGGCGAUGCGUCGGUGGUUGUGAUUCAUUCCUAGUGAAUCCCCCCCAGUCUGCUGUGCUGGCUCAUUGGUGUGAGACGUACGUG